AUGGCUGUUGUCUACCGGUACGGUCUCGACUGCCCGACGCCUGUUAAAAUCAGCCUAAAAAUCACCCCGGGGCUUGCCUCGUGUGAGAAGAAAGGGGAAAAUAAGCGCCAGUUUCAGGCCAACCUCCAUAGACUUUGUUCCCAAGCAGCCCACAAAGGGAAAUGGUUCGCCUCGGGCACAGGUAGCUACCUAGGUAUGGAGCUGGAAAGUAUCACAAACCCGGAAAGAUGCCAAGGUGUGAAGUUCCUCAACCUCCCUCUACCCAGGUAG